GUCUUCCCUUCUUCCCUUCCCUUCCCUUCCUUUGCUUUGCUUUGUUUCCCAUUCCUUUCCUUUCUGCUUGUCAUCCCCCCUCCCUCUCUACCUCCCUCCUCGACUCUCACUCCAACGCCCGCUCUCUGUUCCGCUCGGCGUCGUAUGUUCAAGCUUUGCAACGCCACUCGCCAUAGCGCUUCGCUCCGUCCCUAUCGCUGUGCUUCCAAGUUCCGGGAAUUGUUUGCAUUAGCGAUGCUUGAGCCCUAUAUUUGAGAGAGAGGGUAUUUUUGGGACAUGGCCAGGGUUUGGGUUUCCUGCUUCGGUGCUUCGAUCGCUAGUGGAGAGGAGUACUGAGCUGCGGAUCAUGGAGAUUGACUGGUAACGAUAGCCCCCGAUCAUGCACGCCCAAGCUAGAGUUGAGGCAGAAUGGGAAGCACAGAAGAACCUGAUCGCAAACGCCGCCACCUUAACAACCAUUCUGUAUCCCCUCCAGUCAAGAAACAACCUUUUACACCAUCAGCUGAGGAGAAAAAGGUUAAGGUACAAUGCUGGUGUGCUGGAAACUCAGGUGGAUGCACAAAUGUUGCAAUAUCAAAACCACAAGCUUUCUCAACAGCUUGAGGUUCAGCGCAACGAAAUAACUGUUUUGGAGGGUAGAUUGAAGCAACUGCAUAGCAAGCAGGCCUUAUUCGAUGAGAACCUCUCAAUUGUCAGUCGUGUAUGGAAUCAGGUUGUGGAUGAUUUGGAGUUGCUUACUGUGCGAGCCAAUACUACAACCAACGGAAUUCAAGUUUCGGGAUCUGUUUCUAAAGAUCGGAAUGAUGCCUCAGUUCUCCCAGCGCAGACUUUUUUGCAGCGGUUGCUCGAUACGGGAGCUACCGAGAGUUCCAUAAUCAAUGGAAGUAAUGGUUCAAUUGAGUCUGGACACUCUAGCCGAGAGGCAACAACUUAUAAGACCAUGAAGGAUAUUGUGCAAAGUAUUGAUUAUGAGCGAGCUCGAAAUGAAGACCUUGUGAGCAAUUUUCGAAAUGGCAUUGCUUCUAAUGGUGGGGAAGCUUACAUGAAUGGCAGAGCGUUGAAGUUAGCCUAUAAAGAUGUGUCAUGUGUCAAUCGGUCGCUUGUGAAAGCAAAUGAGGAGCUAUAUGUAGAGGCGAAAAAGUUGCGAGGUCUUGUGGAUGAUCUUCAUGUAAAGCACCGGGAACUUUCAGCUGAGCUGGGAACUUGUCGUGACCUUCAGGCGAAGGACCAAGCUGAGCUUAAGAGAUUAAAAGGGGAGCUGGAGGAAGCUUGUGCUGACCUUGAGUCUAAUAGGCGCCAGUUGGCUGCGCUUCGUUCUCAAGAUGCGAUGCUCUCUGGUCCGCCCACUCCCAGUGCCACUCCAACUCGUAAAACAUUUGAAUUUGGGGAAGGAGGUGCAGGACAAGUAAAAGUUUCUAAGGAGAAUUGUGAACUGGAAGCUGGUUUGGAAGAGGCCAAGACAUUGGCAGCUCGAAGACUAACUGAGCUUGAAGAAGCCAUGAAUAAUCAGUUGGAUGUUAUUCAGAAAAUCCAGCACUUGCAGGACGAACUGGAUGAUCAAGAAUCCAUUAUGACUUCUCGGCAGUAUCAGUCACUGCAUGAAAAAGUGCAGUAUCUGAGGGGUGAAGUUGAGAAGCAUCAGGCUAUGGUAGACGAGUUACAGGGAGAGCGUAUAUCUCUUUUGCGUCGCGAAAAAGAGGCUAUAUUGAAAGCUGAGGCUGGUGAUGCAGCUCGAAGGGCAUGCAUCCUCUCAGAUGCUCGGGCAGAUGAUUUGGAAUUAAAGCUCCAGCAGUGCAUGUCUGAUUGUGACACCUUGCAACUGAGAGUUACAGACGCUGCUCAGGCUUCAGCAAGGAAAGAGUCUGUGGCUGAUCUGAAGGAGGUAAUUAGUAAUCUUGAUGAAGAUAUAGCUAUGAUGCAAGGUCAGCUAUACGACUUCAAAGAAACAGGCUCAGCUGUCCAUUCUCUGCGAGCACAGCUUCAUUCCUUGCAUGCAAAGCUGGAAAGAAAAAGCAAGGAAAGUCGGGAACUGUCUGACCAGCAUCUUGGUCAAGUUCCGGAACUGAAUUCCAUCCAGAAUGAGAUUAGGGGUUUGCAAGAUAGUGAGAAAGAAUUAAAGCUUAUUCUGAAUAUGUACAACAAGGAAUCAACUGAUCCAAGGGAAGUACGAGAAUUACAACAGGCGAAUUGUAGGGCUCGGGCAGAAGUGCAACGACUGCAGUUGGCUCUAGACGAACACAGUCUAGAGCUUCGUGUGAAAGAAGCAAAUGAAGCAGAGGCCGCAUGUCAGCAGAAGCUUGCUGCGGUUGAAGCUGAGAUUGCUGAACUGCGGCAGAGUUUAGAGGCUUCUUACAGAGUUGCCCACGAUUUAAAAGAGAAGCUACAUAACAAGAAAGAUGAAGAGGAGACGUACACAAGUGAAAUACGUAAUAUUGGUCAAGCUUAUGACGACGUGCAUUCUCAAAAUAAACGAUUGCUUCAAGAAAUUAUAGAACGUGAUGAAUACAAUGCUCAGUUAAUGUCAGAGAGUCUCAAAGCUAAGCAGCUGCAGGCUUCACUGCAAGCUGAGAAGCAAGUGUUAAAUGCCCGUAUGCAACAUGCAAAUGCAACCGCUGAUCUCCACAAGCAGCGAAUUGCUCGUUUAGAAGAACAAGCUAGAAUGCUUAUUCAUGAGCUUGCGAAAGCUACAGAUGAGAGUCGACAGCAAUCAUCAGCAAUGGAAAGUGCAAAACGAAAAGCUGUUGAGAUGGAGAAAGAGUUAUCUUCUGCCAAUUCAGCAUUAGCAGCGGCUAACCAAGUGUUGGAGGAGCGCGGUCAGAAAUUGCUGAAUGUGAAGCUGCAAUUAGAAAAGGAGAGGUUUGAGAAGCGAAGGGUUCAAGAGGAGUUGGACGUUUUGAAUGUGAAAUCUGCACGAUUGAAUUCCCUUCACGAUGGUGGGCCCAUGGUAGAACUCUUACAAGAAGAACUUAAUGAUUACAAAGCUAUCCUGCAAUGCAGUGUCUGCCACGAUCGAAAUUUUCAGGCGGUUAUUACCAAGUGCUACCACCUAUUUUGUAGCCCCUGCAUACAACGUAGCUUGGAUUCAAGACAUCGGAAAUGUCCUGGUUGCGGGGUUCCAUUUGGGCAGAACGAUGUGCGAACCGUGUAUAUCUAAGAUUUUUUUUUGGAGAGGCAUGGUCAUGUGCUAACAAAAGUUCAUGAUGUAUCCUUUGUCAUGCCCUGUGUACCUCAAGACCGUUGCAUUCAUGGUAGUGCCCUCAGUGUGACUCUUUUAAAUGUAGGGCAGUAUUCUUCAGCUGUCUAGCUUAGGAAUACUUUAGGAUUGAGUUUCAGCAUUUAAGGAUAUGAUUUUGGUUAUCAUCCAACUGUGCCAUCUUUGUUUGAUUCAAAGUUAUUCCCACGUCCUUUUGUAGUAACCGUCUCUUUUCCUUAACGGUUUUCAUUAUCAGUGUUUGAGACA